AGUCCCUAGACGUUAUAGUUUAAAACAAAGCAAAUAAUAAUAAUCUAAAAAUAGCGCAACACCAUUACUAUUUCGGGCACAUAAAUCACGAUUAUUACCAGUUUUCGUUUAGUUAUCGUUUUAAUAUGAACCAGAAAGAAAGCGCCACACGCACUCCUAAGAUCAACAGUUCUCGCACCCGCAGCCUGAGCGGCCUUCAGUCCCCGGACCAGCUGGACGAGGACUGUUUCAGCAAUUACUCGCGUGCCUCCACCCACAGCGAGCAGAUCCAGCCCAGGUCGCGCCAAUCAUCGCAGGAUCCACCCAUCCGCGUACGUGAUAUGAUCAAUUUGUAUAACUUUGCAACGGAAAAGAAUCAGGAGCUAUCGCACGCCAAGUCGAUUUACUUUGGACAGCGCGGCAGUUCCAAAAAUCUGAAUACAGAGGGAGCUCUGAACGAAAACGACGAACCGGAGAUGGGGGACCAAUUGGAAAACGAAUGCCUAAGUAACAUGGGACUAGAUCAUGACAAUAACAACAGUGUCAGCAGCUGCCGUCUGAAUCCAUCGGCGCCCAAUUUUCGUGUCACCACCACCGAUGGACAGACAUCGGUGCGUCAGACAACCGAGAAAGGCGCAGAGCCAGUCGCUGAUUCUGUGGAGAAAUCGUAUCAAAGCAAGACCACCAUACGGCGCACUGAGCAGGGGGUACGCAUUAUUAUUGAUAUAUUUUUUGACAAAAACAAUGCGGCCAGCUGCGUCGAUAUGGUAGGCAGUCGUGUGGAAACGGACAUACCAGAGAGUCGUAUCUUGGCCGACUUUCAGCAGCAGGCUCUGGCCUUGAAUGUACAGCCGAGCGAUACAAAUGUUUAAGAGAGUUUUGCAUGUUUUUCAACCAACGCUUUGGUACAAAAUUUUAGUUAAGUAUACGCCGCAUGUGACAAACGUAUUGAAUUGUUGCACAAAAUGACAAAAAUAAAGAAAAAUAAAAGCGCGCGUCUUUCCUUCAAA